GGCGGUCGGUUCUGCGCCGUGCCGGGGAGACGGCCAGGAGAAGAUGCGUUGAUGCGAAAGGAUAUUCUCAGUAGCCGAGUUUAAUUGGUGUGAUUCAUGUCCCUGUUGAGUGGCUGAAACCAAUUCAUAGCCAAGGAGAAGGAGAGAAAGAAGAUAGUGAGGACGAGAUUCGCGCAGAGAGCCGCACGCUGGAGUCUUUGGGAAUGAAGGAAUUAUAAACAGGACGAAAAGAGGAGGGACGCACGCCAGCAGGUCAAAGUUUGUUUUGCAGUAGUGGGGGUUUUCUUUUCUGCGGACAUCACUGUGCCUCAGAUUGACGCCGUGAUGGAAUGACACUUGGAGAGAGGAUGAUGGACACUUUGGCACCGGAGCUCCUGCUCAGAAAUCCUUCCGUUUCCACCAGGCGCGGUGCUGACCGAGCCCUCAGGACGGUGAUAAGUCAUUUGUUUUGAAGUGGCAGGGAUAUCCUCCUCUUGAUCGUUUUCUCCCCCCUCGGUCACCAAACAAGAGUGAGAGAUGGUGCGCAAAGCGAUUCCUCAGAGACUGACGUGCAUACUCAUCACAUUCCCGUUAAGGAGCGCAUCUUAAAGAGCUUCUUUCUUCAUCAAUGUUCAUUCUGCUGCUCUGAACUUGUUGAACGGCGUUAAAGAGCUGAGGGACACGGAGAGCCCGGUCCAAGAGGGGCAUUCAAGAGAUUGCCAGAUCGCCACACAGGACGAGGACUAUGACUGACAGCCAGGCAAGCUGAGGAGACCUGUCACUCAUCUUCCUAUCAGCGUGUCAGGGGGCUAUCUCCUUCUUACCUCCCCCCUCUUCCUCCACCUUCUCCUGCACCGUCCUCCUCCCUCCCUCAGUCCUCUCCUCUUAUCUUCUCAAUGGGCUGGUAACCUCAGCAUCAUCAUAGUUAUCCACCACUCCAGAAACCUGAGAGAGAGAAAUAGUGAAAAAAAGACAAAAAAAAAAACAAGACACUUCUGAACUGACCCUUGCUCCACCUGAAGGGAGUGUGGCAUGCCUCCUCACUCCAGCUGAGUGUGUUGUAGUAAGUGGAAGUAGCAGAGGGAUCCCUUGUUCAUAAACCUUCAGAAGGAGAUACAGCUCCUUGAGAAGGAGCUGAGAGAGGACCAGUCAUGCGUUUCAAUUUCGUGUUGACGCUGCAGGCGCUGUGGACCGCUCUUUGCCAGGCGGCCAUGCAGCACUACCCUGCAGCAUGGGGCCACUACGAUGUAUGUAAGUCCCAGGUUUUCUCAGAUGAAGGCCUAACCUGGGACUACAUGGCCUGUCAGCCAGAGGCGGCAGAUAUGACCCAGUACCUGAAAGUGACUCUGGAUCCCCCCAACAUAACCUGUGGAGACCCUCCAGAGACGUACUGCGCCCUGGAGAACCCUUACAUGUGUAAUAAUGAAUGUGAUGCCAGCACGGAGGAGCUUGCCCACCCUCCAGAGCUCAUGUUUGACACUGAGGGCCGUAACCCCACGACCUUCUGGCAAUCCACAUCCUGGAAGAAGUACCCAAAGGCCCUCCUGGUCAACAUCACGCUGUCUUGGAACAAGACCAUUGAGCUGACCGACGAUAUCGUCCUCACUUUCGAAUCAGGCCGGCCUGAACAAAUGGUCCUGGAAAAGUCGCUGGAUUAUGGACGAACCUGGCAGCCCUACCAGUUCUAUGCCACUGACUGCCUGGACGCCUUCACCAUGGAGCCCAAGACGGUGCAGGACCUGACCCAGCAUACCCUGCUGGACAUCAUCUGCACUGAGGACUACUCCCGAGGUUAUGUGUGGAAGUAUGAUAAAACUGUACGCUUUGAGAUCAAGGACCGCUUUGCGCUGUUUGCUGGGCCCCGGCUCCACAACAUGGCCUCGCUUUAUGGCCAAUUAGACACGACCAAGAAUCUGAGGGACUUCUUUACCAUCACAGACCUGAGAAUCCGCCUGCUCCGGCCUGCCACAGGAGCUACGAUGGUGGAUGAGAACAACCUGUCCAGAUACUUCUAUGCCAUUUCUGACAUCAAAGUGCAGGGCAGGUGCAAGUGCAACCUCCAUGCCAACAGCUGUGUGUAUGACAAAGAGAAGUUGAGCUGCGAGUGUGAACACAACACCACUGGGCCCGACUGUGGCCGCUGUAAGAGGAAUUACCAGGGGCGAGCAUGGAGUGCUGGCUCCUACCUGCCCAUCCCCAAGGGCACGGCUAAUAUUUGUGUUCCUAAUAACAUUGGUCCAGUUAUUCGGCCGAAUGUGUCAUCCCUAGGUGUCGCUAACCGAAAAGAAGCUCCUCAAGUUGCAUUGUCCACUGCCCCUUCUGUCCACGUUGCAAACAGCAAGCGAGAGUGUAAUUGUAAUCCCUUUGGCUCAGUCAGUGAUCGCUGUAAUGGCACAGGAUUUUGUAUAUGUAAGGAGGGCACUACAGGGCCCAAGUGUCAGGAGUGUCUACCCGACUAUUUGUGGGACGAUGGCUGCAAAUCCCAGGUCUGUAACAACGAACUCCUGCACUGCCAAAAUGGCGGGGUGUGUGUCAACAACGUCCGCUGCAACUGUCCCUCAGCCUACACAGGCCUGAUGUGUGAGAAUCCCCGCUGCGAGUCGGAGCUUGGGGGCUGCAGGGGCCCCGACUCGGGCCAGUCCCCCCUGAUGCCUCCGUCCUCCCUCGGGCUGCUGCUGCUGCUGCUGCUGGGCUCGGCACUGCUGAGAGAGGCUUCCUGCAGGCCCGCUGUGCUCUAAAGAGACCCAUGACCUAGUGGGAGUGAUACGCUCCCCAACCUCUCCACCUUAACCCGCCCAUCCCACCUUUCAAAUAAUCAACAACCAUUAAACAAGAACAACCAUGAGCUUUCUGGACUGUACUGUACUGAGCUUCUCCGCCGCCAGACUCAAUGGAUACUCGCGCUGAUGAAAAGGGAAUGUGCCAGACAAAUGAGUGCAAAAACUUUUCAUUUAAUUUCAAAGAAUAUAUAGAAAUGAACAAACAUAUACUUCUAAAAAUGCCAGAUAUUAUUAAAAAUAAAGAGAAACUGAGUGUUUAUUUAAUGAGAGUAAAAUGAGCAAAGAACAGUAAGGCUCCCUCCCCCUCUAAGCCAUACCAGGUACUUGAGCUCCUUCCAGUUUGAGGAGGGAUAACUGAAGAUGACAGACUCAUUCACUUCCUCUCUUAUUGCCACGGCAACAACAGCUGCGACCAAUCAGCUAUCGCACGAGCCGACAGUGGCCACCGAUCCCCCCGGGAUGCCUCUGCGAGUUAAUGUUGGCUGGACUGACGCCGAAGAAAUCUCAAAGAAACUGUCUCUGCUGAAAGGCAAAGACUGGCCUCUGAAACACAACAUUAUACUUAAAUACACCCACAAACUGAAAGAGGACAAAGACAGGACGCAUUCUUUGCUGUCAGUGCAUUGUGGAUAGAAGGAAAUCUGUCCGGACUGCCACUUUGUGACACACAAACCUUGCCCACGUCGAUCCCUCUCUAGCUUUCUGUCUCUCCUUCGAGCUCUAUCUCAUCCUCCCUCCUGUUCAUCCUCCCUCCCUCCCUCUCCCCCCAUGCUGAGCCCCCUCGCCAUCCUGCCACUGACCUGUGCUUUCGUGAACGUUACUCUGUAAACCUUUGUUGGUUGAAAGAUUCUUUUGUCCGAUGUUAGUGAUGCACAUGUGUACGAAGCCCUCUCCCCUCCCCACCCUCGCCUCCCUUGCCUCCUUUUCCCCUCCUCCAAAAAGAUACUCCAAUAAAGCUGUCUGAUUCUUUUCAAUCUUAGAGCCACCACGCUCCCUGCGAUCAUGGUCAGAGGAUAGUUAUCACCUGAGCAGACAAGACGUGCAUAGAAAACCAUCAGUGUAUUUGCAAGUUUUUUUCUCGACAGAGCAAACAAAAAAAGAAUCAUAUAGUCCUUUUGUAUCUUUGCCGAACUGUGAUUGAAAAAAGGCAACCUUUAAUGUAUCUAUUUAAGACAUCCAAAUGCAGAAGCAAUUGUUUAUGGUUUUGUUUUCUUUCAUUCUCCUUUUCUUUCAUUCACUUAUUUUAUUUGUUAUUAUUUCUUUUAGUUGUGCAGUUGAUUUUCCUUUGUAUUGGCAACGUGCUGGCAUCAAAGAAUAUCAGUUUACAUAUACAGUAUUAAUAAAGUGUAAUAAAAUCCCACCAAAGGACAUUAUAAAUGUUUUGUUCUUGCUUUAACACUUGAGACUUUAAGUGAAUAAAA